AUGGCUACGACAAUCACAGCAGAGGACCUCCCCAACCUCCUCGCCAAUGACAUCAAAGUCAAAGUCGCCGGCGUCGACUGCGACGGCAUCCUCCGCGGCAAGGUCAUGUCCAAGGAGAAGUUCCUAGGCAUUGCGCAGAAGGGAUUCGGCUUCAGCUCCGCCGUCUUCGGGUGGGACAUGCAGGACGUGCUCUACACCACCGAGGCGAACAUUGCGCCGGCUGACUCGGGAUACGUGGAUUUUCUGGCCGUGCCGGAUUUGAACUCCUUCCGUCGGAUACCUUGGGAAGAUGAUAUUCCUUUCUUCCUGGUGAGGUUCGUGCAGAACGACAAGCCGGUUUCGGCGGAUGGGAGGAGUAUGUUGCGGUCGAUUUGCGAUAAGUUGGCGGCGAAUAAUUGCAAGGGAAUGGCGGGAGUUGAAUUGGAGUUCAUGAACUUCCAGACCCCCUCGGAAGACGGAUACGGCGCCAAUGGCUCCCAAACCCGCGACAUCGCCGCCUUUCUCGAUAAGAAUGCUCCCGGUGCGCUGCGCCCCUUGACUGCAGGCAGCUUCUCCUACAGCUCGACGCGCCCAGUGGCAUACAAGAAAUACUUCUAUGAUAUCUUCGAUACCAGCGCGCGGUUCAACUGCGGCAUUGAGGGAUGGCACACGGAAGGUGGACCAGGCGUGUAUGAAGCGGCAUUGAAAGUAUGCGAUGUUAGCGACAUGGCCGACAAGGUGUCUCUAUUCAAACUCCUCGCCAAAUCCAUCGGUGUCGAACAUGGCAUCACGCCCUGCUUCAUGGCCAAGCCCAUGCAAGGCCAACCCGGCAGCUCGGGCCACAUUCACGUCUCUCUCACCGAUCUAGAGGGCAAGAACCUCUUCGCGCGCGACACUCCCGACCCCAAUGCUCCCUGGGCCGACGCAGCCGGACUGUCCGACCUGGGCCGACAAUUCCUCGCAGGCGUGCUAGAAGCGCUUCCGGACAUCAUGCCGCUAUUCGCGCCCACCAUUAACUCGUACAAGCGGCUGGUGGAGAACUUCUGGGCGCCGGUGAAUAUCAGCUGGGGAUUGGAGGACCGCAUGGCGUCGGUAAGAAUUAUCACGCCGCCCGUGUGCAAGCCGGGAGCGACGCGGUUUGAGGUGCGGAUCCCUGGCGCGGACCUGCACCCGCAUUAUGCGCUGAGUGUGAUUCUGGCGGCGGGAUGGAGGGGCGUGGAGAAGAAGUUGGAUAUUAAGGUGCCGCCGGUAAAUGUACAGAAGGCAGAGAAGAUCAAGGCGGAUUUGUUGCCGAAUACGUUGGAGGAGGCGCUGAGGAGGUUCAAUGACAAGGGGAGUGUUGCGAGGGAGAUUCUCGACCCAGAGUUUGUGGACUUUUUCACGGCGACGAGAGAGCAUGAGUUGAGGGUAUGGAGAGAGGCGGUUACGGAUUGGGAGUUUAAGCGUUACAUCGAGACUGUAUAG